AUGACAGCGGUCUUCCAGCUAAGGGUUGGUACUGUCGACCUAAUAGACAAGUUUAAUGCCAUUAUAUAUGCUUUUGAAAACACCAAACCCGGGAAGACAAUUGAGGAAACGCUGCAGCUCGAAAUAUUGAAGCUGCGCCUUUGCCGCUGGUGCGACGCUAUCGUCCAGUUAGCUGUUACUACGAACGAGACGCCCGAGGGUGCCGAUACGGUUAUAUUUGGCUCAUAUUUGGACUUCAUCCAUACACUUGCACAAGGAACAGAAACGUCGCCGUCGACUGCAUUGAUGAAUGCUUCUGGAGACAGAGAUCCCGCAGACUUCUGGCUGAUUCAGACAUUGCAGGAUGUUGCCGAGGCACAUCGAGGGCUCUCUCGUCAGCCAUCUUCUACCCCGGGUCGAUCCAAGGGAGCAAUCCCCAAGCCGGUCUUGAUGAUGGCCAAGGUUCAAGUUGACCAGCUGGAGGUUAUUGGGCUUCAGGCGAAGCUCAGUCAAUUAAGGCUCGCAGAUGCGGAGGCGUUCAAGACGCAUCGCCAAGUUUGUGAGCAGGACAUCGGCCUUCUGAAACGGUGUGCCAUGGCCGUGGACCCGGAAUUUGGCAAAAUGCUCCGCUUGGGCGGUGACUCGUACGCCAACAUUGAAGUCCGGGACAAAGCCAUUGGUCAUUAUGGCCACAACAUUAGGUCGGGGGAAAGAGUGGAAAGUGUUGCAUAUAGCGGUAUUACAGCUGGCGGCGAGUCCAUCACCCACUUUGGGCACACGAUCGGGAACUUCAAGGGGAAAACAGUGUUCGACGGUAUACAAAAGACAGAUAAAUAG